CAUAGAAGAAUUUUCACUAACCAAUCGUCCGAUAUAUCUUCAUCAGCACAAACAAUAUUACGUCUGUCAUUCAAUAUUUCCUCCUCAAUAAAUAUGUUAUCUGAAUAGAGAAUAUGUUCUAUUUUAUCCGUCGAAUAAUCGCGACAUUUUUAUUAUAUUACGCUGAAAAUAGAAGGAAAAUAAUUACUGUACACAAAAUCCAAGGAAACCACGUAACUAUUAUACAAUUGUGGGAUCAGUAAUGAUACCAAACAAUUAUAUAUCUAGUAUGCAUUCAUCGUAGGAGAGUGCGCGUUCAACAUCCUCUAGCAAUGAUAGUAAAAAGAGAUUACAUGGAAAAACACAAGAACACGGUUGCAAUGUUACGAGAUAUUUAUAAAAAUGUUCUUCAUGGGGUGACUUGAUCGAAUGUGCUCAAAAGUUAAAUUUAACUUCAGAAAUAUCGAGUAAAUUAUUAGUAACUAUAACUCCACAACAUACAUGUAAGCGAUAAAAACACUGAAAAGUUGCUUUGAAUACAGGGUUUGUCCCAGCCCCUGCUCCGUAGGGGAGAAAACUUCUCAUCUGUUAUAAAAUUAACUCUCGCAUCAGAGUUCAAGUUUAAAACAGGAAUAGUGUACAUUGUAACAGAUGGUUGUGAGUUCGUUUUUACUCAUGAAAACUUGAGGCAUUAGAGAUUGAAACGCGCAAGCGCUUUUGAUUUCGCAUGCUCGCAUCAAUCGAUUCAAUGUCUACUUUGAUCUGCUGCACCCCCGUAGUCAUUCCCUGUUUUUUUCUAUCGCGAGUUCUUAAUCAGUAGUGAGCGAGCUCUCGGUUUGUGAGCACCUGAAGCACCCGGAGUAUCGUCAGAAUAUCUCUCUAUUUAUUAUUGAAAAUUACAAGCCGUGGAAGUACCUUCCAAUUCUUUCGGAAAUUUUCCUCUCCAUUAACUAUGGAGAGACACCUUCCGCAGGCGCAUAUAAAUAUGAGUUACGAGCAAGACAUAAAGUAUGUCACGAAACCGGUACAAUAUCUUCUACGGAUACUUGGCAUUUGGCCUCUGCUCGAGAGAGAUCUAUCAACCUUUGAAAUGAUGGGCAAGAUACUUCUGAUCAUUCUGUGCUGCCUCCUCGUGUGCAUCAUAGUCGUUCCCGGUUUCCUGUAUUCUUUAUUCUUUAGCACGGAUGAGCCACAUGCGAAACUGAUGACGAUCGAACCUGUAAUUUACUCGUUCGUCACAUUCGUUAAAUACUGCACUCUACUCAUUUACGAAGACAAGUUCAAGACUUGCCUGAGACACGUAAAAGACGAUUGGAAGUUUGUCACUUGGUCGAACGCGAGGGAAAUUAUGAUCGAGAAGGCAAAGAUAGGAAGAAAUGUGUUUGCCGUCAGUUGUAUCGUGAUAUACGGUGCCAGUCUGCUCUUCCAUACGUUGCCGUUAACGAGUAGAAGGAUGCUUGGGAAUGUCACGUUCAGGCCGCUGGCUUACGCGGGUUAUUACAUUGUGUUCGACGAACAGCGCACUCCGGCUUAUGAGAUUAUGUUCCUGUUGCAGCUUUUCAGUGGAUUCGUCAUGUACUCCGUGACGACUGUGUUAUAUGGCCUCAUCGGACUUCUUGUCAUGCACGCGUGUGCACAAAUGAAGAUCUUGAUGAUGUUGAUGGAGGAGCUUGUCAGUGAGCAGAUCUGCACAGAGGAAAAUGUGAACGAGAAGUUAUCGAUGGUCGUUGAGCAUCAGAUAAGAAUACGAAAUUUUCUGUAUCUGGUAGAAGACACGAUGCGAUACAGUAGUUUGUUUGAGAUAUUGGGUUCUACUUUGAUGUUGUGUCUUGUAGGGUAUUGUAUUCUCAUAGUAGGCAGCACGUUCAGAUCAUGUCAUGGUGAAGAAUUCUAUUACCAACAAUCUGUCAGGAAUACGAUUGUUGAAUAUAUAUUAAACUCACAGGAAUGGCGAGAUGGGAAUGCCGCAAAUACGUGUACCUUUUUCAUCGUUCUAAUUGCUGACGCAAUUAAUAUUUUUCUUCUCUGUUACGUCGGUGAACAUAUCACAGAGGCAUCAGAAGAGGUUGCUUGGAAAACACAUAUGCUGGGAUGGUAUCAUCUUCCACCAAGAAAAACGCGUGACAUAAUCUUAAUAAUAAUUAUAUCGCAUAUCCCAUUAAAGAUCACAGCGGGCAAAUUUAUCGUCUUGUCCUUCAAGACCUAUGGCGAUGUAAGCGAAGUAUAUAUUGAUUUUUUAAUGACGGCAUUGUCCAAAGUAUGAUUUACUUUCAAACAGAUGUGUCGUUCACAGACAAUAAGUAAGAGCCUGAAUUCGUGUAAAAUAUUUAUAUUAAAUGUUUUAGGUAGUUAAAUCAGCCGUUGUGUAUUUCAACAUUCUUUGCACGGUUUCCGAGUGAAUAGUAGCUACCGAAACAAAAAUAUAGUUUGUUAAUCUUGUUUAAAUAUUUUUAGAAAUCUUGGUAAGUUCAAUUUAAAAACUUAAUGUGUUUAGAUUGUGCUUAAAUUGCUUAGAGAAAAAUAACGUCAUGCAGGAUAACAAGCU